CCUCAGCUCACAGUCAUCCUGACCGUUCAGCACACGACCCGUAACCGUUUGGCGGGGAAUCACUUCAUCGGCCGUCUUCAGGAUUUCCCAUUCGAAUAAUGGAUUACUGUGUUUAUUAGUCAGUCAGGUUGAUCUCCUGCCAUUCCAGAAGCAAUGACUUUUCAUCUAAAUCUACGAAAGCAAGGAUUUUACAGAAUCAGACCUAUACUUGCAUAUGGUAUCCAAGGUGAUCGUGAGGAAGAACUACAAUGCUUUAUUUAUCUACAGGAUUAUGGUUCUCAACCGAAAACCAAAGAUGACAUGAAACAACAGCCGUGGAGUUCAACUUUUGAUGUCUUUUCAGAUAAAGUGGAAAAAUUACAUAUUGAAAUUGCUCAAAAAUCUCGCCCACUGCUGGCAUCUCGAAUACUAACGGUAGAAGAUCUCAGUAAUUUAUGUCCAGAAGAAGAUUGUUUGUACACCAAAGAGCUGAGCUUAACUCCUAAAGGAAUUCUACGUUUCACUAUAAUAUAUUUCGAGGACGAAGAUGCUCUUCAGAAUAACUCUCAUCGGUUUAGCCAUCAUUUUAGAACCCUUGAGACUGGUUUUCACCAUCGUCGAGGUGCAGUAAAACUUCAGAAUGUUCAUGAGGCUAAAGGUCAUGCCUUUGUGGCCAAAUUUUUCCGACAACCGACCUUCUGUGCUUUCUGCAAAGAAUUUCUAUGGGGCUUCGGGAAACAAGGCUAUCAGUGUCUGGCUUGCCAAGUAGCUGUGCAUAAGAAAUGCCAUGAGAAGUUCUUGGGGAAAUGCACUGGCUCUACCUUAAAAUCUCAAGCAACACAAUAUCUCCGAGUGCAUUUCGAGAUAUCUAUUUGA